CGCGCGUCGGGCUGCUUUGUUUUUUAAAUUCCCCAUACAAAAAUAAAGAAGCACGAGUCAAAGUGCAUUUGCAUGUUAAAAUUGUUAUUUUGCUUUAUCAGCAACAAUUUAUAUUGUUUUUGUCGAUUUUGAUGCUUUUAGUUGAAAUGAAUAAAUAAAGUGUUGCGGCAGUAUUAUAGUUGAAGUGGACAAAAAUAUUAUUAUAGAAAAAUUCCAGUGAAAAUUACAAUUAUUUGGUCUAAGACACUACUGUGACGCAAUGGCCUUGUGGUCAUUAUUAACACUGUCUCAUUAUAUUACGUUGUUGCAUUUCAAUUUUCAAUUUUGACCAAUGCUUAGUUUUCAAUAAAAAUAAAUUCUCAGAAAAAACGAAAGUAAAAUGCAACACGCUAAAGUUGAUCCUCUUCAAGAUGUUGCUUAUAAUGAAGUGCAAGGUGAUUCUGGCACUCUCACAGUCUUCUCGAGAGGCACCGCCUCGCCGUCGGCAGCCGCCGAGGGCGUCCUGCACCGCCAAUGGGUCACGCUGACCGCCGGCAUGUGGCCGCCCGCCGAUCCUUCUAGUCAUCAGCCGCUCGUGCCCCAAGUCGCCGCCGGGCGACUGCCCGUUUUGGCCGCGGUCUUUUGCGGGGUCGCCCUAGUGGUCGCCCUUUUGGGCGCCUGUUUGCUGUACUGGUGCUGUCUCAUGAUGCCGCGAAAGGAUAACAAACACUAUUGCUUACGUAAAAUUGAUCCGAUAAUGACGUCAAAUUCUUCCACCCAAAUUCCUGUUAGCCAGCCGCAACCCUUUGCCAAUUCCGCCAGUCAAACUGCUGUAUUUGCUGAACAAAAAAGAUGUGGCUGGGGCUACACGAACAGGCUAAUAGCAGGAGGUGGGCCACUUCAACCCAAUCCUUGGUACACUGGCAGAGUGAUUGGAGGUCCGCAGUGUACACAGUGUCCUGGGGUGUGUCCUGUGCCACGUAGCGACAGUUAUCCUGAGACUCAUCGUCAAGAAUAUAAUUCAACAAGAAGACAACGACCAGUUAGCCAACCAAUACCAGCUAGUGUUAACAUCAACGGAGACUUGGUACCACAUCAAGCACUCCCUGAAAUAUCCGAAUUCAGCCCAAACAGUCCUCAAUAUGCUUCUAGCAGCAUUCUAGAUGAAGUCAGUGCAAAACCAUCAACAGACUAUGAAGAGCCCACAUUGAAAACUCGAAGUCUACCAGCGUGGGUGAGGUCGAAACCCAGGCCUUUAUCCACCGAAGAUGAUCUCAACAAUCUCUAUGCCAAAGUGAAUUUUAGUAAAAAACGGAAAAAUCGAAUGAGAAACGACGAAGCCGCCAUUAUCGCCCUCAGCAAAUCCAGGAGUCAAUUUUUGCACAAAGAUACUGAUUCUUUGGUGGACAACGAAGCUGUUAUUGUUUAUGAUGAACGAACAGCGUUAUAAUAAAAAGUUGAUUUUUGUAUUCAUGGUCUUAUGUCAUAUUAUGACGCACAUACAUUUUGAUUUUUUUUAACAGAAUCUAAAUACUGUUGACUGCUGUCUCACUUUACAACUUGAUAAUGGAAUUAUGCAAUUAAAAUGACAUUUCAAGAUGGUACAUAAUUAUAAUGUUAUAUAAUAGGUAAUUAGAAAAAUAACAAAUCCCCCCCCUAAGCAAAAUCCAGAUCCGUAAUCUUUUUUUAUAGAAUCUUAGGAUUUAUACUUAAGAGUUUUGGAUUGAUGUUAUCAAGAAACUUUAGGUCAUAUCAGAAAAAAGAACCAAUCAGACAAAUAAAAUCCUUAUUGUAUAAGUAUAAUUUUUCUGUGAUAAAUUUUUUAGAAUUGAAACCAAAUAUUAUUUUAAGCGAUGGUGGUUGUAAUCAUAGGUGAAAUUUUAAAGCUCAUUAUCAAGGUUUCUAAAGUUAAUAGGUUGUCUGGUAACGGAUAAAUUGAUGACGCAUCUGAGAUGCCUCAUGGAGAUUUGCAUUAUCCUUGGGCAUACAGAUGACGUCAUAAAAGUUAUCAGGCAACCUACCUCUCUCAAACAACCUUGGCUAAUUAUUACUAACAACUUCAAUAUUGACCCAUAAUAAUAGGUACCUACCCAAUUAACAAUAAUUAACAUAUCUUUUAGAGCAAAUUAAAAAUACAAAAUGUAACU